GAUAACAUCUUUUGAAUCAAGUGACAAUAGUAACAGAUUACAGAUAAGUAUCUCUUAAGCCAAAACGCAAAAUUCAAAAAAGCAAUUCUCGAAGCGUGACAACGAGUCAUCAAAACAAUUUGUUUCUUGGAAAGAAAAUUUUUCCUAUAUCAAGAUAGUUAAUUAAAUUAAUAAUUGUGUUUUUCUUUUCUCAUCACCCUUAGUCACAAAUAACGACGCUACAGCGUACAAUAGAAACAAAAUCUGGACCAAAUCCUCGGACUCAUAAUAUUUGAACCGGUCCAUCGUCCAUCGAUAAAUCACGAGGUGUUGAAGACUACUUCUUCGUCUCGGCGCGUACUGGGGGGUCGGAAUCCGAAUCAGUGUCUAGAAUUCGACAUGAAACCGCACGGAAGCGGUGACUAGGGAACGCCUGCGCGUAAUUUGUGCACCCUCACCGAUAGCACAAACCAUUCCCUUGUUUCACCCCGAAGCCUCCCCCUCUUCCCCUCCACCUUGUUCUAUUCUCCCUUUCCGCAACUCCGCAACUCCGCCACCCUUAAGCUUCUCCGCUACCCCUACCCUUCCUUCUACUCUCUUUUUUUACCGACGUACCUCCUGUGGCGCCACUUCCAGUCGGGGUCAGUUCAGUCUACGUUAGACCGGAGUCUCCGGUGCACCACAUCUCCGGGUUUGUUGUCACCCUUUUACGUGUAACGCCCUGGCUCGUGUCACCGUCUGCUUUGUUAAUUAUUAAUUAUUAAUUAUCAAUUAUCGAUGUUUUUUAUUUUGUUUGUUGUUAAUAAAUAAAAAAUAUACAAAUGUGAAUAUUUAUAAAAUCUGGGUAUUCAUUUCCACUGCCGUGUAGUGAAGUGCAUCGCAUUACGAGCAAUUAUUUAUUUUUACUAUCGGGUAGUAACUGGAUUACAUGUGAGUGUAGUGUUUAAAUUUAUUAUGUGAAGUGAGUGCAUUAUUUUACGGAAAACGGAGCAAACGUUCAACUGGUACUGAGACAUGAGAAACACCAGGGUGACGCCACGUGAAUUAGCAGCAGUAGCAGUCACAGCUAUUGGUUGCCAGCGGUAGCAGUAAGCCGAUUAAGUCUUAACUCGCCAAUCGCCGGGGAAACCAGUCGAUAAAACCAGGAACCAGCAUCUGCCUAUUGCCCGUUCCCAAAACUAAUCCACGAUGAAUCUGAUCAACAUGGACGCGGAAAACCGCGUUGUCCUGAAUAUAGGAGGGAUCAGGCACGAAACAUACAAGGCGACCCUCAAAAAAAUACCAGCCACAAGGUUGUCCAGGCUAACAGAAGCACUCGCCAAUUAUGACCCCAUUUUGAAUGAAUAUUUCUUCGAUCGACAUCCUGGCGUCUUUGCCCAAGUUCUCAACUAUUAUCGCACUGGAAAGCUGCACUAUCCAACAGACGUUUGUGGUCCACUUUUUGAAGAGGAACUUGAGUUCUGGGGACUUGAUUCCAAUCAAGUGGAACCUUGCUGUUGGAUGACGUAUACACAACAUCGAGACACCCAAGAAACCCUGACGGUCCUCGACAGACUGGACCUGGACACGGAGAAGCCCAGUGACGAGGAACUGGCCCGAAAAUUCGGGUUCGAGGAGGCCUACUACGAAAACCGUCUGACGUGGUGGCAGAAGCUCAAGCCUAAAAUCUGGUCACUGUUCGACGAACCCUACUCCUCGAACGCAGCCAAGAUAAUCGGAGUGAUAUCCGUGUUCUUCAUCUGCGUCUCGAUAUUAUCGUUCUGCCUAAAAACCCAUCCGGACAUGCGUGUCCCAGUGAUAACCACGAACACGAUACGGAAGGGGAACCACACAAAGAUGCACAUCGAGAAGGAGCACACAAACGCCCACGUGGCGUUCUUUUACGUGGAGGCUCUCUGCAAUGGGUGGUUCACCAUUGAAUUCCUGACCCGCAUUACAGCGAGUCCAAAUCGAUGCGAGUUCAUAAAGUCGUCGGUGAACUUGAUCGACAUGAUAGCAACACUGAGUUUCUACAUCGACCUGGCGCUUCAGAAGUUCGCCUCCCAUCUGGAGAAUGCGGACAUCCUCGAGUUCUUCAGCAUAAUUCGAAUAAUGAGACUGUUCAAACUUACGCGACACUCGUCGGGACUAAAAAUUCUUAUUCAGACGUUCAGAGCGUCUGCUAAGGAACUGACCCUGUUGGUAUUCUUCCUAGUCCUCGGCAUCGUCAUCUUCGCCAGCUUGGUAUAUUACGCUGAGAGGAUACAAACAAACCCACACAACGACUUCAAGAGUAUACCUCUGGGUCUUUGGUGGGCCCUAGUCACUAUGACCACUGUUGGUUACGGUGACAUGUGUCCUAAAACUUACGUGGGAAUGUUUGUUGGUGCACUGUGUGCAUUGGCGGGAGUCCUUACAAUCGCCCUGCCGGUGCCCGUGAUCGUUAGCAACUUUGCUAUGUAUUACAGUCACACGCAGGCGCGAGCCAAGCUGCCCAAGAAGAGGCGUCGAGUAUUUCCGGUGGAACAACCUAGGGUGCGUCCUGGAGUACCGGGGGCUGCAGGGCAGGCUGGUGGACACGGGACUGCUUGUAGUCAACAAGCUGCCCUUCUGCCUCCGGGAAGCGGGGGGAUCGGGAGUGGGGGAAGCGGGACUAUCAUUACUCCUCAGAACAGGAGGAUGAACGCCAUCAAGACCAACCAUCCUAAGGAUCCAUUUGCUAUUAAAGAUGACGACAGGCGGAACUCAAAUUUGAGGACUAACGGGACCAAAUCGUCAAGUGGCUUGGGCUAGUAUUGAAAUAAAACCAACUCACCACUGCCAACGCGUAAGUCGUUUGAACUGUGCGAAGAACUCAAUACCGUUCACGAGACACUUGUGUGAGUAAAUGUAUAAAAAAUAAACAGAAACCAGUGUGUGCUAUCAUUUAUCGUGCUAUUAACUACGUAACAAAUCGCAAUUGCGAAUAAACAAGAAUCGACGACAUUAAUUAAUAAUAAACAAUAAUCAACCAAUGAACAAAGAAUAAGCAGUAAAGAAAUAAUUUAAUUAUUAAUAAAUAAAGUAAGCAAGCAAACAAAUAAAUAAGUGGAUGAGUGAGUGUACAUUAGAUAGCUAAUGGAUUUAAUUAGCGUUAAACAUACCGAUAAAUAAAUAAUUAAUAAGUAAAAUUACCAAUAAAAAAUGUGUCCAAGAUCGAGGAGAAAUUAGCACUUUGGUGGACCAUCUAAUGUAAUUUAUUAAUUUAAUUAGUCAUAUAAUUGAUUAUUGAUAAAUGUUUUAAUAGAUAAAGGGGGUGCGUUAUUAAUAAUACAUUAAAAUUAAUU